AUGGAGAUGAUGCCAGAAGACCUGGUCGCAAUGACCCAGCUAAUAGCUCGGGGUGUGCUGGACUCCUCAAACGAUCCGAAUAUUGGGUCGGCGCGGGGGGAUAACAAAUCCUCAACUUCAGACGCACUUAGCGCCCUGGGAGUGUCAGCAUCAACAUCUGGAAUGGCAUUGCUUUCUACUUUCCUUCCCGCGUUUAUCUUGGCCAUCGUUUGUUUCCUGAUCUUUCUUGUUUGUCGUCGCACACAGCGCCGGUUUUACGCUCCGAGAUCAUUUCUGGGCCAUCUGCAUGACCAUGAGCGAAGCCCAGAACUUCCCCAAGGGUUUAUCAACUGGAUAGGGGAGUUCGUCCGUCUCCCGGACAGCCAUGUGCUCCGUCACUCGUCCUUGGAUGGAUAUUUCUUCCUUCGGUUCCUCAAGAAGAUGUCCCUGCUAAGUGUUGUCGGAUGCUCAUUCAUAUUCCUCAUGGUAUGUCGAGAAAGUAUCUUCUAUGCGGCUCUUCGCCAGGCAUAUCUACUUUCCCCGCUGUAUGCCGAUCGGAUCUCAUCCCGAACCGUUCUCUUCAUGUCUGUCCCGACGUCUUAUCAAAAUAAGACAAAGCUCUCGAAAAUUUUCGGCGAGUCGGUUAAACGGGUUUGGGUGAGCGAGGAUGCCUCAAAGUUGGAUAGACUCGUCAAGGAACGUGACAAUCUUGCGUAUCGUCUGGAAGGGGCUGAAACAACGUUUGUCAAAAACGCACAUGCAGCCCGCUUGAAGGCAUUGAAAGCACAAGGCCGGGAACCCGAAAUUUCACUAGAGGCGGCCGCUGUCACUCAAAGUAAUGAUACCGACCUCAAGCAGGCUACUUGGCUAUUAAACGCCAAGCGCCCUUUCCGCCUAUCCCAUUAUCUUUUUGGGAAGAAAAUUGAUACCAUUGACUGCCUUCGCAGUCGCCUCGCCACGCUAAUCCCAAAGGUCGAGACUCUACAGGAAAAACACCGAGCCUGCGAACCGAGAGCUGUUGGCGGUGUAUUUGUUGAAUUCACCACCCAACGUGAGGCCCAGAUUGCAUAUCAAACCCUCUCACACCAUCAUCCAUCUCAGAUGACACCGCGAUUUAUUGGAAUACCACCUCACCAGGUGCUGUGGCCUGCGUUGCGGUAUUCCUGGUACCAAAGAAUCGUCAGAAAAUUUGCCGUUCAGGGCUUCAUCGCCGUCUUAAUCAUUUUUUGGUCUGUGCCAUCAGCUUUUAUCGGAUCAAUCUCCAAUAUCGCCUACCUCACCAACCUCCUUAAAUUUUUAAGCUUCGUGAAUGAACUACCUCCUUUCCUUAAGGGAGUAAUAAGUGGAUUGCUCCCAGCAGCCGGUUUAGCGAUAUUGAUGUCUGCCGUUCCCUGGAUUAUGAGAUCUUCAGCAGCAACAAGCCAAAUUAUCAAAGACCCGCUCUCGACCAAAGACCUUUUAGCAAAAAACCUUCCCAAGGCGACAAAUUUCUACAUCUCAUAUUUCCUUUUCCAAGGCCUCAUGCUGAGUUCUGGAGCUGUGGUGCAGGUGAUUGCCUUUCUUGUUUUUAAGUUCCUCCGAGCCUUCUUUGAUACUACUCCGCGAAAGCUAUACUCACGAUGGGCUGCGCUUACGGGUGUAUGGUGGGGGACUGUCUUCCCCGUUUUUACGAAUAUGACCGUUAUCGCAAUUACGUAUAGCUGCAUCGCUCCCCUUGUCCUAGGCUUUUCGGCUCUUGGCCUAUAUUUGGUAUACCAGGCGUAUCGAUACAAUCUUUUGUUCGUCUAUGAACCUGUUGUCGACACGAAGGGCCUAGUAUAUCCCCGAGCACUUCAGCAAGUUUUGACCGGUGUUUACCUAGCAGAAGUAUGCAUGUUCGGGCUCUUCGCAAUCCGCGGAGCAGCGGGCCCCAUGGUUUUAAUGGGACUUUUUACUGCUUUCACAGCACUCUCUCAUAUCUCUCUGAAUGAAGCGUUGUCGCCAUUGCUUUCAGCUUUACCGCAUACAUUGAACAACGAAGACGAUUGGACGUGUACAACCCCUGUUGACCUGGACAAACCAGCAUUCCUAUCCAGAACUAUGACGAGCGGCAAGGAAUUUCUACCUCGUCGCCAGAGCACAUUGACUCUAGCGGAGAUUACCACCGCGCCGGAUUCCUUCUGGGACAAGCUCAAAAAGAUUCGCUGGUGGCUGUUUCACCCCAGCAUAUAUGCCAACUAUGCAGCAUUGCGCGAGAAAAUACGGCAAGACCCAUCGAUUCCAUACGACGAACACGUUUCUGAUAAUGCGUAUUUCCCUACUUGCGUCUACAGCCAGCCGCCUCUUCUUUGGAUCCCGCGAGAUGCUGGAGGCGUGAGCCGGCAAGAGGUUGAGCUUACAAACCCGAUUAUACCGAUGACGGAUGACCAAGCCCAUCUUGAUGAGAAGAACAAGGUGGUAUGGGACAAGGUCGGGAUGAAACCGCCGAUAUGGGAAGAAAAGAACAAGCCCCAGCAAAUCAGCAAAACGCCCCUCAAUCUAGAGACUCCGCCAGAGGUAGAGGACGGGGCAGCAGAGGCAACCGACGAGGAGGAGGUGGUGGUACCGGCGGAGGUGAUCCUUCUUCAACAGACACGAACCAGCAGUCGCGUCGGCAUAACCAGGGAGGUGGUGGCAGAGGUCGACAAGGUAGAGGGGGUGGCACACACAAUGAGGGACGCGGCGGGAGGAAUGCGAGACGAACCACCGGGAGCUGGCGCUGAGGGCGCUGGCACCUCCGGUGUUCGCCUGACCGGAGAUGCCAAACGUCCCCAGGGCGAGGAGGGACCGGUGCUGAAAGCAGAAACGUCUGUUGCCGAAGGAGAAGAAGAAGAAGUCGAUGAGAAUGAUAUCUGCUUCAUCUGUGCUUCGAAGGUCGACCACGUUUCUAUCGCGCCUUGCAACCACAGGACUUGUCAUAUCUGUGCCCUCCGAUUGAGGGCGUUGUACAAAACCAAGGCCUGUGCCCAUUGUCGAACCGAGUCCGAUUUUGUUAUCUUUACCAACGAUCGCACCAAGAGAUAUGAAGAGUUUACUAAUUCUGACUUCGAUCGCUCCGACGAUAACCUGGGGAUAAAAUAUGAGAACUUCGACAUAUUUGAAGAUACCGUGUUGUUGCUUCGAUAUAAUUGCCCGGAUGGCGAUUGCGAUGUUGCAUGUCUCGGAUGGCCAGAUUUGCAUCGCCAUGUCAAAAGCAAGCACGCAAAGGUUAUGUGUGAUCUCUGUACGCGUAAUAAAAAGGUCUUUACGCACGAACAUGAAUUAUUCACUGUUGCGCUUUUACGGAAACACGAGAGAUACGGCGAUGAUAACCCUGGCGCCAUUGACCAAAGCGGCUUCAAGGGACAUCCGGAAUGUGGAUUCUGUCGUCAACGUUUCUACGGAGAUGAUGAGCUUUACGCACAUUGCAGAGAUAAGCACGAAAGAUGCCAUAUUUGCGAUCGCAGAUCUGGUGGUAACAAACCACAAUAUUAUAUCAACUAUGAUGCACUCGAGAGCCACUUUAGCAAAGAUCACUUUUUGUGUCUAGACAAGGAAUGUCUGGAGAAGAAGUUCGUUGUUUUCGAUUCUCAAAUGGACCUCAAGGCCCACCAGCUUGAAACUCAUCCUGCUGGCCUGUCAAAGGACGCAAGGAGGGAUGCCAGACUUGUGGAUAUGUCAACUUUCGACUUUAGGUCCCCUUAUCAACAAACUCGCUCGCGUCGAGAUGGCCGAGAGGGUCGGGAUGGUCGAGGAGCUGGCAGAGGUCGUGACCCAAAUUCAGAACCGAUUCCACAGUCUAGUGCUCAACCCUUGAGGAGGGAUGAACUUGCCUACCAACGACAGAUGGCGAUCCAGAGUGCUCAGUCGGUCUCCACCAGAACGUUUGGCGGACAACUUACCUCAACACGGCCAGCAGCAACUUCAUCGGCCCCAGCCACCCAGAGGUCGACACCCGCAGCUACACCCGCAGCAAGGGCCGCACCAAACACUGGCUUACUCGCUAUAGAAGCUCUUGAUCUUGGACAGUCAACCACCCCGACCAGUCAGCAGGAACAAGCUAGGCAGCUAGCACACUCUACAGUCAUGGAUCGCGCAUGCUCCCUUCUCCGAAAUGACCAAAGGAAAAUUAGUGACUUCCGAGGGAAGGUUUCACAAUAUCGAAGCACCGCUAUCGGGGCAAACGAACUCAUCGAGGCAUUUUUUUCCCUUUUUGACACCUCGUCGACUGAAUUGGGUAAAUUAAUAAAAGAACUCGCCCAUAUCUACGAAGAUGAAAACAAACGUACCGCGCUCCUGAAGGCAUGGAACGACUGGCGUGCAAUUAAUGAAGACUAUCCCGCUCUCCCAGGGCCCAGCGGAACGACACCAUAUACGGGGACAGGAAGUGGAUUUGGUUCCGGUAAAAGAGUACUGCGCCUGAAAUCAUCUACGACCCAAUCAUCGCGAUCGGCCACAGGUCACAAUAACAGACUGUCCGGGAUUCUACCAUCCAACUACUCCUCUAACCCAUUUCCUCCACUUGCUAGUACUAACACCACCCGGAAAGCAAAACAGGGAGGAAAUGUAUGGGGUACUACUCCGGCUGCGCCAGCUGCACCAACUCACUCUGGAUCCCGAGCCCCAGCGCCUGCCUCAAGGCCAAAGGUUACCAAAGACACUACUGCCUUCCCCGCUCUCCCCGCCGCUCCUAAGCCGAAUACACUUAUGGCUGGGCUUACUCGCGGGACCGUGAGGUGGGAGGACCGGCCUGGCUCGGGUGCGGCGAGCGCAAGACCCUCCGCCUGGGGUUCAUCGAAUGACCCAACCCCGGCUGAAUCAGAUCCCGCCGCUUCGGACAAGAAAGGCAAAGGAAAAAAAGGAAAACAGGUUUUGUACCACUUUGGAUAA